AUGCCAUCCCCCCACCUCAAAUGGAACGAACCCAAUAAUCUCCCCGAUGACGACGAAUCCAUGCUUCGCUACCGCAACAACACAGCAUUCAUAAUUAUAAAAUGUUGUGUACAGGGGUACAAAUGCUUAGCCCCAUUCGAAGCUGCUGCCCAGCUGCACACAAUGCUUCCCGCUAAAGGGGAACCCGGCUAUGACACUGGUGCUGGAAACAGAAUGCUCCUUGAAGUCAUCCUGAAAGUAGCUGGACAGAUUCCACAUGCACACACCGGUCAGGACCUGUUGGCAUCGUUGUUCAAGCAGCUUUUGCGAUCCGAUCGCAUUACUCUUCCUCCCAGAGUCGAUCAUAUUCUCGAAUUCUAUGAAAAUUCUUUACAGAUAUAUUUUGAUUUCAUGGCGGGUGUUGAGAGAUUUAACCCAUCCCAUUUCGAUCCAGGCCGUUUUGUCCAGCUAAGAGCCUUCAUCGCGCGACUUUGUGCUAACGGAUCCUACGAUGGCCACGAAUGGCUGAUCUCAACGAUGAAGACUGCUUUCGAAGAUGAAGAUGAGGAAGGAAAACUAGUGGAAUGCUACUCCGGCGUUCUCUUGGGAGCAGCCAUGUUCUUGAUAUAUGCUGGUCAAUGGGUGUAUCGAGAAAUUGCCCAGGGCGAGAAGAAGGAUAGGGAAGAAGGGCAAAGGCAGGGAGUUGGGAAGAAAUACGGCGGACCCGUGGUUGGGGAAGAGAGAUGGAAGUUUUGGCGGGAUGGAUUUGACAAUGCGCUCAUGAAGAUGACUGGAGUGCCUAGGAUCUGUGUGAGGAACGCGCUGGUAAUAAUGAUUUCCUUGGAUUCAAUCUUUGGGAAGACUCAUGAAUGAGGG